GAGUGGCUAUCACAGGAUCUCUGCAAUGAGGGCAGCGGGGUUACCUGGGGUAGAGGCUAGAGAGCUACAUCAUGUACAAGCCAGGUAGUGGGGGUUUCAGCUCUACUGGGGGGUGCAUAUGUGAAUUUCUUGUUACAAAGUGUGUUUCAAGUUGAUAUGAUAUAAAAGAGGUAAUAGAGGAGGGUAUGAAAGGAGGGACAGCGCAUCAAACCUGUGCAUUUCACAGUAGAAACUCUGUCCUCACCAGCUUAGUGAUCACAAAUGAUCCUGUCUCUGAUUCCCUGUUUGUAAAAGGUUGUUUUGAACUCCAGGAAAGGUGCCUCCAGAACCCCUUGGAGAACUUGGAGUUAACUUGUGGCUACCUAUUGGAAGAGGACAUGAAGUGUCUCUCCCAGUACCCAAGCCUCGGUUACCUAAAGCAUCUGAAUCUCAGCUACGUGCUGCUGUUCCGCAUCAGUCUUGAACCCCUCGGAGCUCUGCUAGAGAAAAUUGCUGCCACUCUCAAGACCCUCAUCUUGGAGGGCUGUCAGAUCCACUACUGCCAACUCAGCGCCAUCCUGCCUGGCCUGAGCCGCUGCUCCCAGCUCACCACCUUCUACUUUGGCAGAAAUUGCAUGUCUACGGAUGCCCUGAAGGACCUGCUGCGCCACACCAGUGGGCUGAGCAAGUUAAGCCUGGAGACGUAUCCUGCCCCUGAGGAGAGUUUGAAUUCCUUGGUUCGUGUCGAUUGGGAGAUCUUCACCCCACUUCGGGCUGAGCUGAUGUGUACACUGAGGGAAGUCAGGCAGCCCAAGAGGAUCUUCACUGGUCCCACUCCCUGCCCUUCCUGUGGCUCAUCACCGUCUGAGGAACUGGAGCUCCAUCUUUGCUGCUAGGGAAGGCGUGCCUAGUGGGGUUGAUAAAUCCAAACUUCUCUUCCAGGCACUUGGACACUAAAAUCUAGUAUGUAUGUGCAAGUUAUGUUUGUUUUUUCUUAUUUCCUUUUUUAAUAAAUCUAAAAUUUUAUUAAAGCACAUUUGAGACAGGGUUUCGCUGUGUUGCCCCAGCUGGUCUGAAACUGCUGGGCACAUGGGAUUCUCCUGCCUUGGCCUCCUAAAGUGCCAGGAUUACUGGCAUGAGUGAUUGUGACCAGGCCACAUGCAAGUUACAAGAAGCACAGAAUUCUUUGCUUCAGGCAGGUGCUCAGUAUGAGGGAAAAAAGAUAACAGCAGGGGGCAAGACUAGAGGAAAAUGUUGAGGUGGAGUCAAUGAGACCUUACGGGACCCAUGUCCUACAGAGUCAGAAAGAGAAGCUAAAGUCCUACAGUGAUGAGAAUGUUAUCCCUGCAGGGACGGUUACCAAGGAAUAUCAGAAAUAACCUCAAUG